CAAUUAAUUCCCUUUCUCUAACUUAAAAUCGGUCUCACCAGAACUUCCUCGAUUUUCCUUUAGAGCACUGCAAUUUUCUGGAACUUUCUAGGAUAAGUUUUGCUGUAAACACUGUAAAACUAAGUUCCGUCCCAGACCCACCUCAGAUUCUGCAGUCUGUUCACAAAAUAUCAACAAAAUCUGUAACGCUCUUUUCCUCUUCUUUGGUUCAUUUUAGGUUUCAACAAUGGCAACAAAAACUGAAGGCAAGGCAAUAGGCAUAGACCUGGGCACAACUUACAGCUGUGUCGGGGUAUGGAUGAACGAUCGUGUCGAAAUCAUCCCCAACGACCAAGGCAACCGAACCACUCCUUCUUACGUAGCCUUCACCGACACCGAGCGUUUAAUAGGGGACGCAGCAAAAAACCAAGUCGCCAUGAACCCUGAAAACACCGUUUUCGACGCUAAAAGGCUCAUCGGUCGGCGUUUCUCCGACCCUUCAGUUCAAAGCGAUGUCAAACUAUGGCCAUUCAAGGUUAUCCCAGGCCCUGGAGAUAAACCCAUGGUUGUGGUUCGUUAUAAAGGGCAAGAGAAGCACUUUUCUGCAGAGGAAGUUUCAUCCAUGGUGUUGACUAAGAUGAAGGAAGUCGCUGAAGCUUUUUUGGGGCAUACUGUGAAAAACGCUGUGGUUACGGUUCCUGCUUAUUUUAAUGACUCGCAAAGGCAAGCUACCAAGGAUGCUGGUGCCAUAUCUGGGCUUAAUGUAUUGAGGAUUAUCAAUGAGCCAACGGCUGCUGCGAUCGCUUAUGGUUUGGAUAAGAAGGCUUCGAGAAAAGGCGAGCAAAAUGUUCUCAUCUUUGAUCUUGGAGGUGGUACUUUUGAUGUUUCGUUGUUGACGAUUGAAGAAGGGAUUUUUGAAGUCAAAGCUACGGCUGGUGAUACUCAUCUUGGUGGUGAAGAUUUUGAUAAUAGGUUGGUUAAUCACUUUGUGGCUGAAUUCAGGAGGAAGCAUAAAAAAGAUAUCAGCGGAAAUGCUAGAGCUCUGAGGAGGUUAAGGACGGCUUGUGAGAGGGCUAAGAGGACUCUGUCUUCGACUACUCAGACGACUAUUGAGAUUGACUCUUUGUUUCAAGGGAUUGAUUUUUAUGCUACGAUUACAAGGGCGAGGUUCGAAGAGUUGAACAUGGAUUUGUUUAGGAAAUGUAUGGAGCCAGUGGAGAAGUGUUUGAAAGAUGCUAAGAUUGAUAAGGGUCAAGUUCAUGAGGUAGUUCUCGUGGGUGGGUCAACCAGGAUUCCCAAAAUUCAGCAAAUGUUGCAAGAUUUUUUCAACGGGAAAGAGCUUUGCAAGAGUAUAAAUCCUGAUGAAGCUGUCGCAUACGGCGCUGCGGUUCAAGCUGCAAUUCUCACUGGUGAAGGGGAUGAGAAGGUGCAAGAUUUGUUGUUGCUUGAUGUUACUCCUCUCAGUCUUGGAUUGGAAACUGCCGGUGGGGUCAUGACUGUUUUGAUUCCAAGAAACACCACGAUUCCAACCAAGAAGGAACAGAUUUUCUCUACUUAUUCUGAUAAUCAGCCUGGUGUUUUGAUCCAAGUUUAUGAAGGAGAGCGAGCACGAACCAAGGAUAAUAAUUUGCUUGGAAAAUUUGAGCUUACUGGUAUCCCUCCAGCUCCAAGAGGUGUUCCUCAAGUCAAUGUUACCUUUGACAUUGAUGCAAAUGGGAUAUUGAAUGUAACUGCUGAGGAUAAGACAGCUGGCGUUAAGAACCAGAUUACGAUCACCAAUGAUAAGGGAAGGUUAAGCAAGGAAGAGAUUGAGAAGAUGGUGAAAGAUGCAGAGAGGUACAAGGCAGAGGAUGAGGAAGUGAAGAAGAAAGUGGAGGCAAAGAAUGCGUUGGAGAAUUAUGCUUACAACAUGAGGAACACGGUGAGGGAUGAGAAAUUUGCAGCGAAACUGAGCCCUGAAGAUAGGGAGAAGAUCGAGAAGGCGGUGGAGGAGACCAUUGAGUGGCUUGAUAGGAACCAGUUGGCUGAAGUUGAUGAGUUAGAAGACAGGCACAAGGAGCUGGAAAGUAUCUGCAAUCCCAUAAUUUCAAAGAUGUAUCAGGGUGGUGCCGCUAAUGGUGAUGUGCCGAUGGGUGGUGGUGAAUAUACAGGGUCGGGGUCUAGUUCUGGCCCUGGACCAAAGAUUGAGGAGGUGGAUUGAAGUUGAAGCGAAGAAAAAGUUUUUGCCUUGUGGUUCAGGGGCUUCAGUUUGGGGCUAGUUUUGUGUGUUAAGGAUAAGCAUAUGCCCUUUUUCGCGUGUGACAAGCUCCCCAUAGAGUUCAGAAGAGCCAAAGCAUAGCCAUGGCCGGGAUCGCCUCCAGCUUC